AGGAAUGGAGGUAGCCACGGACCAGCCACGCUGGAUGGCCCAUCACGCCGUACUGAACGGGCAGCAUCCGGAGACUCAUCACCCGGGACUGGCGCAUAACUAUAUGGAACCGGCGCAGCUCCUACCUCCGGACGAAGUGGAUGUCUUCUUCAAUCAUCUGGAUUCCCAGGGCAAUCCGUACUAUGCCAACUCAGCCCAUGCCAGAGCCAGAGUUUCCUACAGCCAGGCGCACGCGCGUCUGACCGGGAGCCAAAUGUGCCGGCCCCACUUGCUCCACAGCCCCGGCCUGCCCUGGCUGGACAGCGGCAAAGCGGCGCUGUCGGCUGCACACCAUCAUAACCCGUGGACGGUGAACCCUUUCACCAAGGGGCCCUUGCACCCUUCCGCGGCCGGCGCGCCGCCCGGCGCCAUCUCGGUGUACCCCGGCGGCGGCGGCUCCGCGUCGAGCGCGGCCUCCGCCUCGUCUCUCACGCCGGCCUCGCACUCGGGCUCGCACCUUUUCGGCUUCCCGCCCACGCCGCCCAAGGAAGUCUCGCCGGACCCCAACGCCAGCAGCAGCGCCGCCUCGCCCGCCUCGGCCUCCGGCGGCGGCAGGCAGGACGACAAGGAGCCGCUCAAGUACCAGGUGGCCCUGGCCGACGGCAUGAAGAUGGAGAGCGCCAGCCCGCUGCGCAGCAGCCUCGCCGCUUCCAUGGGUGCGCAGCCCUCCACGCACCACCCCAUCCCCACCUACCCUUCCUACGUGCCCGCUGCCCACGACUACGGCGGCAGCCUCUUCCACCCGGGCAGCUUCCUCGGAGGGCCCGCCUCCAGCUUCACUCCCAAGCAGAGGAGCAAAGCCAGGUCCUGCUCAGAAGGCAGAGAGUGUGUCAACUGUGGAGCUACUGCCACCCCUCUCUGGAGAAGAGAUGGUACCGGUCAUUACCUGUGUAACGCCUGCGGGCUCUACCACAAAAUGAAUGGUCAAAACCGACCUCUCAUUAAACCUAAACGGAGACUGUCAGCAGCCAGAAGAGCAGGAACUUGUUGUGCCAAUUGCCAGACAACCACUACCACCUUAUGGCGACGUAAUGCAAAUGGGGAUCCAGUCUGUAAUGCCUGUGGACUUUACUAUAAAUUGCACAAUGUGAACAGGCCUCUGACCAUGAAGAAGGAAGGGAUUCAGACCAGAAAUAGGAAAAUGUCCAACAAAUCCAAAAAGAGCAAGAAAGGCUCUGAGUGUUUUGAGGAACUUUCCAAGUGCAUGCAAGAGAAGUCCUCUCCUUUCAGUGCUGCUGCUCUUGCUAGUCACAUGACACCUAUGGGGCACUUGCCACCUUUCAGCCACUCUGGACACAUCCUACCAACGCCUACCCCCAUUCACCCAUCUUCCAGCAUCUCAUUUGGACAUCCACAUCCAUCCAGCAUGGUCACAGCCAUGGGAUAGAAUCUGAAGAUCCUCAGAGACUUAAAACACUGGGCUAUGCCUAAGAUGACAGCAAGGAAAGUUUCUGCCCAGAAGAGAGAAUGUAGGGAAG